CCCACGCAGGUGCCUCUUGCUUGCACUCGCGGGCUCCAUGUCUCUUCGUGGCUAUCCUAGGCUUUGCAGUGCCACAUCCCAUAGAAAUCACUGCUACAUCCCUGUGGCAUCUUCCAUCGCUGUCUGCUCAGAUGAUGUAAGCUCUACCUUUGUACAUUACUUACCCAGCAGCUACCAAGGCAAUCUCUGGCUUCUGGACCAUUGCCAAGACUCCUACUGUGAAGCACCUUGCUGUGACUCUCCCAGCUGUGUGCUCAAGACUUGCACUCCAAGUUGUGAUCCCACGGACUCCUGUGUGCCUUGCAAUUCCCCAUCUGCAAAUCAAGCUGUUAGUGAAUGCGAAACUACCAACAACAGAUCCAGACCCAGCUGCAGUCCCUGUAAUGGAACAAAAGGGUAUGUAUCCAACUGCUCCCAGGCUACUCGAUUUGCAUCUAAAGCCUGUCAGACUCUUCAAAAUGGCUCCCGCUGCAUAGGGACAUUUAAUUCCUUCCCCAAGAAUCUUCAGGCCCCACACCACUGUUUUCUGGGCAACAGUGAAUAUAGAAGCUAUCGAAAUUUUGGAUUCAUCACCAAUAGCUUCUCUCCAUCUUGCUGCACUAUCGGUAGCUACCAUCCCCGACGUUAUCUAACAAGAUAUUGCCAGUAUCCAAAUUAUGGGUCUUCAAGCUUCCCAUCACGGAGUUAUUUAUGUAGAAAUUUUCAAACUCUGAGCUGUAUACCUAGUACGUUUCCACCUCUGAGAUACUUGUGCAGCAAUUACAGACCUCUGAAUUGCUACUACUGAUUGUCUUACAGCGCAUACAAGAGCUCCGAAGAGGCCGAUGGAUCACAGCAGGUCUUACUCAGUUCUAGGGUCUCUAUUUUUCUGACAAAUCAAUCUUUUCAUCUCAGAAGGUUGUCACACUAGCCUCCAGUAUAACUAUAGAUCCAGUUAACCACUCAGUAGUUUGUUCUGAUGUUAGUCUGAUUAUGCGGGUAGUGUUAGCUCUAAAACUGACUAGAAUGGACUCACUGAAGAGAUUCCAUAUGAAGGACACUCACCAACAUCUUCCUUACUCCGGUUGCCACUUGCCUUGUGGUAAUCCUCUACCUGGGUUGAUGCCUGAUUUCUACACAGUUUUUUUCAGAUUGUUCUGCUUUUCAUCAAUAGUUCUGCUAACUGUCUGAUGAGCAUCUUGUCUGCAAAGGGAGGAAUAAAAUUACCUUAAACCUACUAAAUGGAGCUGUUUCUUCCUCUCCUUCUUGACUGAUUAUCAGGAGUCCAUAUCAACAACAACCACAGUUACUAAAAAGAAAAGCUCAGCAAUUGUUUCUUUCAAAGAAGACACAAAGCACAGGGUUGAUUGACAGUUGACUCUUAGCCUCAACCCUUGGGAAAAAUACUCAGGACUGAGCGAGGCACAGAAAGUAUUUGACAAAAGAAAGACAAAAUGCUGUUGUAGAUUCUCUGUAACUCCAAGAAUUCAUCUAUGUUCUGGAUUCCUCUGUAAUUCUGCUCUGUUGAAUUGCGUCAUUAUAAUUUUAGAAAAUAUCUCAAUCCUUGACUAAUAAACAACGUUC